UUUCAUUGCUGCAGUCUUGCGUGGAUUAGACCCAACACAACACCCUCUCCUGCCUAUGUCUUUCACUGUUUCUUUUUAGAUUAUCAACUCUGCAACAAUGCUGAAGGUUUUUGUGGAAUCAGCUGUUAAUAUUCCUAAAACCAAGCUUGGAAAACCAGAUCCUGUAGCUACUGUCAUAUUUAAAGAUGAGAAAAAGAAAACAAAAACCAUAGACAGUGAGCUCAAUCCAGUAUGGAACCAGUUGCUUGAAUUUGACUUGAGAGGGAUACCCUUGGACUUUUCUUCAUCGCUAGAAGUCAUUGUUAAGGACUUUGAAACCAUUGGAAAAGACAAGUUCAUUGGACAGACAACUAUCUCGCUCAAGGAACUUGUUGGCUCCCAAAGUCGAUCACUUCCAUUUAAAGGUUUGGCCCUGGUGAAUGAGAAAGGGCAGCCUGUUGGUGCCACCAUUGACCUGAUGAUAUCCUAUGAGCCACCAUCCUCUGCUGUCAGUAAUCCCAAUGAUCCUGGAGGAACACAUGUUCAAGGGGACGGAGAUGAAGAAGAUGAAGAAGGAGGAGAUGUUGUGGACUCUGCAGUCAGUCCAUACAUCCCGGGGGCUCCUGGCCAGUCGGACAACCAAAUCGCCCGACGUCUUGCGAAAGGGAAGAAAGCCAGAAGGAUUCUUUCAAAUAAAGUUCAGGACUUCCAGAUUCGUGUUAGGGUUAUUGAAGGACGUCAGCUGUCUGGGAACAAUAUUAAGCCUGUCGUAAAAGUAAAUGUUGCGGGCCAAACGCAUCGGACAAGGAUUAAGAGAGGAAACAAUCCAUACUUUGAUGAGAUCUUCUUUUACAACGUUAACAUGACACCUUUAGAACUGUUUGAUGAAUCCAUAAGUAUUCGGCUAUAUAAUUCUGGCUCAGUACGAGCAGACAGCUUAAUUGGAGAAUUUAAGAUUGAUGUUGGGUUUGUCUAUGAUGAGCCAGGUCACGCUGUCAUGCGCAAAUGGGUCCUACUUCAUGAUCCUGAAGAUACAAGUUCAGGAGCAAAAGGUUAUCUUAAACUCAGCAUGUUUGUUAUAGGAACAGGAGAUGAACCCCCUGCUGAAAAAAGAGAGAAAGAUAUUGAAGCAGAUGACGUUGAAAGCAACUUAUUGCUGCCUGCCGGAAUGGCGCUUCGAUGGGUGACCUUCCUGCUUAAAAUCUACAGAGCUGAAGAUAUUCCUCAGAUGGAUGACGCUUUUGCGCAGUCAGUCAAAGAGUUGUUUGGGGGAGAUUCAGACAGGAAAAAUUUGGUUGAUCCAUUUGUGGAAGUGUCAUUUGCUGGAAAGAAGGUUUGUACCAACAAAAUUGAAAAAAAUGCAAAUCCUGAGUGGAACCAAGCAGUCAAUCUCCAAAUAAAGUUUCCAUCCAUGUGUGAGAACAUAAAGCUAACUGUUUAUGACUGGGAUAGAUUAACCAAGAAUGAUGCUGUAGGAACAACCUGCUUGAGUCUUUCCAAGAUCGCUGCAUCUGGUGGAGAAUUGGAAGAAUAUGACUCUUCGGGAUUUGGGUCUUCUUCAUCAAUUGCAGGCACUUCUGAGAAGGAAGUAGGAUUUUUGCCAACUUUUGGACCUUGUUACUUAAAUCUUUAUGGGAGUCCAAGAGAAUUCACAGGGUUUACUGAUCCUUAUGAAGACUUGAACUUUGGAAAGGGUGAAGGUGUUGCCUACAGAGGAAGGCUCUUAGUUGAACUUACAACUAAAUUAGAUGGGACUCCUACUAAGAAAAUUGAGGAUAUUCCAAGUGAUGAUAUUCUUGUUGUUGAGAAGUAUCAACGACGACGGAAAUUCAAUUUGUGUGCAGUGUUCCAUUCAGCUUCUAUGUUGCAAGACAUUGGAGAAGCCAUACAGUUUGAAGUUAGUAUUGGAAAUUAUGGGAAUAAAUUUGAUUCCACCUGUAAACCUCUUGCUUCAACAACCCAAUACAGUCGUGCCAUAUUUGAUGGAAACUUCUAUUACUACCUUCCAUGGUCAACCAAAAAACCUGUGGUAACUCUAACAUCAUAUUGGGAGGACAUUAGCUAUCGACUUGACAUGGUCAAUAUUCUUCUUUCUAUGGCAGGACGACUGCAAUCUAACAUAUCCUCUCUAAAAUCGGCAAUUCAAGCAAAGAUUUCUGAUACACUUUUGGCUGAGAUAUGGCUGAAAUUAAUUGACCAACUCAUUGAAGAUAUUAUGAAACCGCUGCCUUCUUUGGAGGGAAAAUCCAAUGUCACCAUGUUGGAUAUGCAGCUGGAAAAGCUUCGGCACAGCUCUCUCAAACACAUUGGAGAGGCAGCUGUAAAAAUGAGAGCAGAAGCCAUAGACGUUAAAGCAACUUUGCAGGAGAUCGAGGACUGGUUAGAGAAACUACAGCAGCUUUCUGAAGAGCCACAAAACAGCAUGCCAGAUGUCAUCAUCUGGAUGAUCCGAGCUGAGAAGAGAUUGGCCUAUGCUAGAGUCCCAGCGAACCAAGUCCUUUAUUCCACCACUUGUGAAGAGGCAUGCGGAAAAUACUGCGGGAAGACUCAAACUAUCUAUUUACAGUAUCCGAUGGAUAAAAACCAUGGUAUAAAGAUUCCAGCACAGUUGAGAGUGAACAUAUGGCUUGGAUUGUCUGCUCUUGAGAAAAAAUUCAACAGCUACGCAGAAGGCACUUUCAGUGUUUACGCAGAAAUGUAUGAAAAUCAAGCUUUGAUGUUUGGAAAAUGGGGAACUACAGGUCUAUUGAAGCGUCAUAAAUUCUCAGAUGUCACAGGGACAAUCAAGUUAAAAAAAGAAAGUUUUCUACCUCCAAAGGGCUGGGAGUGGGAGUAUGACUGGAUUGUGGACCCUGAGAGAAGCUUGCUGACAGAAGCAGAUGCCGGCCACAGCGAAUUUACAGAUGAAGUAUAUCAAAAUGAAAGCAGAUAUCCUGGUGGUGAAUGGAAACAGGCAGAAGAAACAUAUACCGAUGCUUAUGGAGAAAAGGCUGCUUCACCUGGAGAGAUCGAUUGCCCAAAUGGAUGGAUGUGGGAAGAUGAUGCUUGGAUCUAUGAUAUAAACAGAGCCGUAGAUGAAAAGGGUUGGGAAUAUGGGAUCACUAUUCCUCCUGAUAGUAAACCCAAAUCUUGGGUAGCAGCUGAGAAAAUGUAUCACACUCACAGACGCAGACGAUUAGUGCGAAAGAGAAAGAAAGAUCCAAAAUUCACCUCUUCCUCUACAAAGUCAGCAUUAACCAUUGAGGAAAAAGAAGGAUGGGAAUAUGCUGCUCUUAUUGGCUGGAAGUUUCACUUGAAAGAACGUAGCUCUGAUACUUUUAGGCGAAGGAGAUGGAGAAGGAAAAUGGCCCCAGCCGAAAGUAUUGGUUCAGCUGCUAUUUUCAAGCUGGAAGGAGCCCUUGGAUCUGAUUUAACCGGCGAAGAUGAGGAGAAGAAAAGUUCAGAGAAAAAAGAGUCUGCAACAAAUGUCUUUGGAGCCAACACACCUAUUAUCUCCUGUACAUUUGACAGAGUCUACACAUAUCACCUUCGCUGUUACCUUUACCAAGCAAGAAGCCUUACUGCUUUGGAUAAAGACAGUUUUUCGGACCCUUAUGCCCACGUUUCAUUCCUUCAUCGAAGUAAAACUACAGAAAUCAUCCACUCAACUCUCAAUCCAACAUGGGACCAAACUCUUAUAUUCAAUGAAAUUGAAAUUUGUGGAGAUCCACAAACAAUUAGGCAAAACCCUCCCAAUGUAGCUGUUGAAAUAUUUGAUAAUGACCAAGUGGGAAAAGAUGAAUUUCUCGGCAGGAGUGUUUGUUCACCAAUGGUAAAGCUUAACCCAGAAAUUGAUAUGAGCCCCAAACUUCUCUGGUAUCCUGUGAUGAAUGCAAAUAAGCACUGUGGAGAUAUCUUGUUUGCUGCUGAGUUAAUUCUUCGUGAUAAGGAAGGAUCUAAUCUACCAAUUCUUCCAUCCCAGAAAGCACCACAACUGUACAUGGUGCCUCAAGGAAUUCGUCCCAUUGUACAGCUGACUGCCAUUGAGAUUCUUACUUGGGGCCUACGUAACAUGAAAAAUUAUCAGAUGGCAUCGGUUACAUCCCCAAGUCUAGUUGUAGAGUGUGGUGGAGAAAUUGUCCAGUCUGCAGUAAUCAAGAACCUUAAAAAGACUCCAAACUUCCAAAGUUCUGUCCUUUUUAUGAAAGUGCCUUUACCAAAAGAAGAAAUGUACGUGCCGCCCAUAGUCAUUAAAAUUAUAGAUCACCGACCAUUUGGAAGGAAACCAAUUGUAGGACAGUGCACUAUCGAUGUAUUGGAGGCGUUUCGCUGCGAUCCAUACACCACUACACAGGAAGAGGCCCCAGAAUUAAGAGUUGCCCUCCUGUCUUCCACGUUUCCACAAGAUGUUGUUAUCGAUGUGGACGAUACUAAACCAUUACUGUCCAGCCAGCUCACAGAAAAGGAAGAAGAAAUUGUUGAUUGGUGGAGCAAAUACUACUCUUCCAUAGGAGAACAUGAAAAAUGUGGUCAAUAUUUGCAAAAAGGAUAUGACACACUAAAGGUCUAUGAUUGGGAGUUGGAGAAUGUUCCAGAAUUCCAAGGACUUACAGAUUUCUGCGAAACAUUUAAACUGUACAGGGGAAAAUCAGAAGAGAGCGAUGACCCCUCAGUUGUAGGGGAAUUUAAGGGAUCUUUCCGAGUUUACCCACUCUCAGAUGACCCAAGUAUACCAGCUCCCCCUCGACAGUUCCGUGAAUUGCCAGAUAGCGGACCUCAGGAGUGUAUUGUGCGCAUCUAUAUAGUUAAAGGCAUAGAUCUACAACCCAAGGAUAACAAUGGGCUGUGUGACCCUUAUAUUAAAAUCACGUUGAGCAAAAAGGUAAUUGAAGAUCGGGAUAAUUACAUACCAAACACCCUUAAUCCAGUUUUUGGCAGAAUGUAUGAGCUAAGCUGCUUUCUACCUCAAGAAAAAGACCUGAAAAUUUCAGUUUAUGACUAUGAUGCACUGACACGUGAUGAAAAAGUAGGAGAAACCACUAUAGACUUGGAAAAUCGAUUCCUGUCACGUUUUCGUAGCUAUUGUGGACUGCCUCAAUCAUACUGCAUUUCAGGAAUAAAUGAGUGGCGAGACCAACUGAAGCCCACUCAGAUAUUGCAGAAUAUUGCACGGUUAAAGGGUGUCUCACCUCCUGUGUACUCAGAAAAUGGGACAAAGCUCAGUUUUAAUAGACAUGAGCAUACACUGGAAGAAUAUGAGGCCAAUAAAAAACUUCAUCAGCACCUUGGACCCCCCAAUGAACGUCUUGCUCUUCAUGUCCUGAAGACCCAGGGUCUAGUUCCAGAGCAUGUUGAAACCAGGACUUUAUACAGUACUUUUCAACCAAAUAUUUCUCAAGGACGACUUCAAAUGUGGGUUGAUAUUUUUCCAAAAAGCAUGGGACCUCCUGGCCCUCCGUGCAAUAUCACAUCUCGUAAAGCUAAGAAAUAUGUCCUUCGUGUCAUUGUCUGGAAUACCAAAGAUGUGCUUCUUGAUGAGAAGAGCAUAACUGGUGAAGAAAUGAGCGAUAUUUAUGUGAAAGGUUGGAUUCCUGGCAACGAAGAAAAUAAGCAAAAAACAGAUGUGCACUAUAGGUCACUGGACGGUGAAGGAAACUUUAACUGGCGAUUUGUUUUUCCUUUUGAAUACCUUCCAGCGGAACAGCUUUGUAUAAUUUCGAAAAAGGAACAUUUUUGGAGUCUUGAUAAAACAGAAUUUAAACUACCACCAAGACUAAUUCUUCAAAUAUGGGACAAUGACAAAUUCUCCUUGGAUGACUACUUAGGUUUUGUUGAACUUGAUUUACAUCGCACAAUAAUCCCAGCAAAAACCCCUGAAAAAUGCAAUUUAGACGUGAUUGACCAGGUCAAAGCAUCAAAGGCGGCCUCUCUUUUUGAGCAGAAGUCCAUGAAGGGGUGGUGGCCAUGCUAUGCAGAUAAAGAUGGAAAACGCAUUUUAGCUGGAAAAAUUGAGAUGACUCUGGAAGUCCUAAAUGAAAAAGAGGCAGAAGAAAGACCAGCUGGCAAGGGACGGGAUGAACCCAACAUGAACCCCAAGUUAGACCCACCAAACCGACCAGACACCUCCUUCCUCUGGUUCACAAACCCAUGCAAGACAAUGAAAUUUAUUGUUUGGCGUCGAUUUAAAUGGAUAUUUAUCGGUAUCAUCCUCUUGCUUCUUGUACUACUUUUCCUCGGAGUCUUCUUGUAUUCAUUGCCGAGUUAUAUUUCAAUGAAGAUUGUGAAGCCGAUUUAAGUGCAAAUACCCACAAAACUCUGGUUUUGUCAACGUAUCUAACCUUGUUCUCUUGCCCGCUGAAGAAAUUUGAGGGGGUGCUGACUUAAUACCCCCAAGGUUAUCGAAGGUUCAUUGGGUCAUGAGAAGAUUAAAGAGUCACAGCUUUUUUUUUUUUUUCAUCACAUUUCAAUCACUGACAUUUUGCACAUACAGGUGCAGGAUGACAGUUGUUUUUUAAACCAAUUUGCCCUAAACUAAUACGUAAUGCCAAAUAAAGUGGUAACUGUUUCUUAAAAUAUUCACUUUUAUGUGUCCUUUAAGUGCAAUAAAAUAAAAUUAAAUGUAAAUAUAUAAUGGGACCAGAUGCAAAACACUAUUUUUCAUGUAAGUUUUUAUAAAGAUAAUGUAUAAUUUGUAGCCAUUAAAGUCUGCUAAAUAAAUAUAAUAUGCUCUAA